ACUCUUUUGCGUGAGUCUGGCACGGGGAGGAAGUCGUGGGGUGUGUUAGAGGGAGUGGGACGGUGACGGCGCGUUGGCUAAGGGAACCUAAAACUCCGGUGACGCUCUCGGACUAGCGGCUGCAGGUUGUCUCCGCGGAGAUGGUGACCAAGAUCUCGACAGAGGAGCUGGAGGAGCUGCGGGAGGCCUUCGGGAAAGUGGAUCUGGACAGCAACGGCUUCAUCUGCGAUCAUGAGCUCCACGACCUGUUCAAGGAGGCCAACCUGCCCCUGCCGGGGUACAAAGUCAGGGAGAUCAUUCAGAAGCUGAUGCAGGAGGGAGACCGCAAUAAGGACAACAAGAUCAGUUUCGACGAGUUUGUCUCUAUCUUCCAGGAGCUGAAGAGCAGUGAGAUUGCCAAGAGCUUCAGGAAGGCCAUUAACAGGAAGGAGGGCAUCCUGGCCAUCGGGGGCACUUCGGAGCUGUCCAGCGAGGGCACCCAACACUCCUUCUCAGAGGAGGAGCGAUUCGCUUUUGUGAACUGGAUCAACACGGCACUGGAGAACGACCCAGACUGCAAGCACGUUUUGCCGAUGGAUCCGAACACGGACUCGCUCUUCAAGGCCGUGGGCGACGGCAUUGUGCUCUGUAAAAUGAUCAACCUGUCUGUGCCCGACACGAUCGAUGAGAGAACAAUAAACAAGAAGAAGUUGACGCCAUUCACAAUACAGGAGAACUUGAAUCUGGCCCUGAACUCUGCUUCUGCCAUCGGGUGCCAUGUGGUCAACAUCGGGGCGCUGGACCUGCGUGAAGGGAAGCCCCACUUGGUGCUGGGCCUGUUGUGGCAGAUCAUCAAGAUCGGCCUGUUCGCCGACAUCGAGCUGAGCAGGAAUGAAGCGUUGGCGGCCCUGCUGAGGGAGGGCGAGACCCUGGAGGACCUGAUGAAACUCUCCCCCGAAGAGCUGCUCCUGCGCUGGGCCAACUUCCACCUGGAGAACGCCGGCUGGAACAAGAUCAACAACUUCAGCUCCGACAUAAAGGACUCCAGGGCAUACUACCACCUCCUGAAUCAGAUCGCACCAAAAGGGACCAAAGAAGAUGAGCCUCGGAUUGACAUCAACAUGGCCGGCUUCAGCGAGAAGGACGACCUGAAGAGGGCGGAGAACAUGCUUCAGCAGGCAGACAGGCUGGGCUGCCGGCAGUUCGUCACCCCCGCCGACGUCGUCAGCGGCAACCCCAAACUCAACCUGGCCUUUGUUGCCAACCUCUUCAACAAGUACCCCGCCCUGACCAAGCCAGAGAACCAGGAUAUCGACUGGGGGCUGCUGGAGGGUGAGACUCGAGAGGAGAGGACCUUCCGUAACUGGAUGAACUCCCUGGGCGUGAACCCUCACGUCAACCACCUGUAUGGAGACCUGCAAGACGCCCUGGUCAUCCUGCAGCUUUAUGAGAAAAUAAAGGUCCCGGUGGACUGGAGCAACAAGGUCAACAAGCCACCCUAUCCGAAAAUUGGGGCCAACAUGAAGAAGCUUGAGAACUGCAACUAUGCUGUCGAGCUGGGGAAGAACGAGGCCAAAUUCUCCCUAGUGGGCAUCGGUGGGCAGGACCUGAAUGAUGGCAAUGCCACUCUCACUCUGGCCCUAGUGUGGCAACUGAUGAGGAGAUAUACACUGAAUGUACUCGAAGACCUGGGAGAUGGACAGAAGGUCAAUGAUGAUAUCAUCAUCAAUUGGGUCAAUCAGACUUUGUCAGAAGCUGGCAAGACAACAAAGAUAACAAGCUUCAAGGACAAAGAGAUCAGCUCCAGCUUGCCAGUGGUGGACUUGAUCGAUGCCAUCCAGCCGGGCAGCAUCAACUACGAUCUGGUUAAGACGGGCAGCCUCUCUGAGGAUGACAAGCUGGAGAAUGCCAAGUACGCCGUGUCCAUGGCCAGAAAGAUAGGCGCACGCGUCUACGCCCUCCCCGACGACUUGGUGGAAGUCAAGCCCAAGUUGGUGAUGACGGUCUUCGCUUGCCUGAUGGGCCGGGGAAUGAAGAGGGUGUAAUGAGCGUGCCCUGUCGCCACUGCAAAGCCAAAAAAUCUCUCCCACAAGCCAUUUGCUGGAUAAAAGGCUUCUGGUCAAAGGAAUGAAUGCAGACAUGUUCUGAGCAGAUGUUAAAGACCCUGUGCAGUCAGAAAUAGGGCUUCCUGUUUUCCACUUAAAUUACCCUGCUGGGGUAGAGAUAAAUGCAACCUUUUGUUGGACCAUUUUUAUCUAAUUAGAAGAAUACAGAAAGUUUCAAAGCUUUCAAUUUCAGCCUCAACUUCCUGCUUGAAGGAAGUCUGUCAAAAAAUCAAAGUGUUUGUCUCCAGAAGUAUGAUGCCAUUCUAUGUCUCUUUCCCAUGAAAGAGAUUAUCAUUGCUCCAAAACCAAACUUCCUUCUUCCAGGGAAGAAAUCAGCAUGUUGGAAGUUGGCCAUCACCAGUAAACAGUGGUGUGAAUGCUACAUCUAGCCAAUGUUUUCAAAUUUAAUUUUAGGUUGUAUUUCAAAGUUAUUUUUAUUUAUUCAUACUGCAAACAGAGUUCACACUACCACACUAUUUUUUAAUCCCUGCACAGGAGCUUUAACUGAAGAAUUUUAUUAGCCACGCUGGAAUUGGGGAUAGGCUGACAUGGGAAAGGGGUUGAACCAUAAACAGACCAGAUUGCUGAUCAAAACCCCACAAGCGCAGGUUUGAUCUGCAAAGGUACACAGUGAAAUGCAUUCAUAUCUCACAUGCAAUACAUCUCUCUCAUGAACAGAAGCCGGUUUCUGGCCUGGUAUAUUUUAUAUGCAUACUUGUUUCUGGAGGAUAUGAGAUUGAAAGAUGGGUGUGGUUGGCCGCAAGGCACAGCUGAUGUUUUAAACCAGCUGCACCCCUGUUUGAUGACUUUGGAAACUAAUUGGCUCAGUGAUUCUGUGUCAGUGUUUCCUUCGUGGCUUGAUGUACCAUUGAAACAGAUGCUUAUUUUCUUGUUGCAUACACACACAUACAUACAUAUACAUAUGUACAUGUAUGUCUGUACAAAUUACCAAAACAAUACAAAACACAUAAAUUUCAGGUAGAAGCUUUAAAACAUUCCAUAGCUAUGAACGCAUUUUAGUCUGUGUCUAGUGUACGUGUUUACUCAAAUGUGCUUUUUACAUAAAGGAAAACAAUACAAAGAAAAUUAACUAUGCAUGAACAAUCUUUUUUUUAAAAGAAAACACAUCCUGGAAUCUGAAGAAGAGACUUUGUGAUGUGUAGAAUUCCACGCUGGUGUGCCAGGUCACCAGGUGUUGUAUGACGGAAAAAUAAAAAUAUGGCAAAGCUCAGAGGUUUACUUUUGAAAGUACUUUUACAAGUGGAAAAUAUUGUCAACACUAAUACUAACAUUCUUGUGAUAACGAUGUUUGGCUGCAUUACGCUUUGUAAUCAUGAGACAAGCUGUUAAAUAAAUCUGUUAUGGGGUAAUUACUCAAACGAAAAUAAAUCUAUUU